AUGGGCGGCCAUAGAGGUAGAACUUUAAGAACCGAAUUUGAGUUCUCAACAGGCACCAAUUCAACUGAAAAGGGCCAAAACGCCAAUACUAAUCUAACGGCUUCCCACGUUGGAAGACACCCAAGACAAUUCUCUACUAGAUCAAGGGCAAAAAGUACCGCUAGUUUUAAAGGUUUGCAUAGAAAUUCACAAACACAUGAAACAGUAGGGAGUUCGAACUUAUCUGGAGGUAAUACAGGUUCCGAUCAACAAGAAAGUACCCGCUAUGGGUCCUUUAAAAAAUCCAAAAGUUCUGAUUUCAUAGCUAGGAAACGUACAGUAAGUGGGCUUAGCAUGACUGCUCUAAAUAGAACAAGAACCCAUUAUUCAGGAGAACCUCAUGGGAAAUCAAGCCCAACAACUCAUUUAAGAACCGCUCAUAGUGUUACGUCCACUGGAUUAAAUUGUAGUACGACACCAGUUGGAUUAAAACCAAGAAGAACAAAAAGUACUCAUUCAAUCGUAUACAUGAAGUACUCAGAAGAGGAUGGUGACAACAAUUCUAAUAAUCCGUCAAUCACAGAUGAAGAAGUUGAAUAUUUUACAGAAGAAGAAGAAGAUAGUAAGGAAAGGACACACUCGAAAAAACAUGACGUUAUUAAAAGACCCAUUACUCCAAAGAAGACCCAUUCGGAGCCACCUGUUGGAAUAAAUGAACUAGAACAAAAAGCGCAAUUAGAUUCACAAAAAUUAAGUUACAAGGCGCCAUCUGAUUUAUUGAACCCAUCUAAGACAAGUGAGGAAAACACUAACAAUAUCAAAACAACGGUAGCAGCAUUUAAUGAGAAUGCUGGUAACGAAAGUAAUGAUAAAAUAGAACCAAAUUUACAAAAAAAUAUUAACAAGAGUGAAAAUGAAACUGAAGCUAAGCAAGCUAUAACAGAUGAAAUUAAUGGAGAAAAGUUGAAAUGGACUGAGGAAAGGAAUAAAAAAAAUGAUCAUGACAAAGAUAACAAAGAUAUAAAUACUCACGAAGAUUUGAAUGAUAAUUAUUCGAGAAAAAUGAAUAGUAGUACUUCCGAAACAGUUGUUCCUAAUUUAGACGGUUCUGUCGACGAUGAUCGUUUAGAUGGGAGCGACCAGAUAGAGCAAGGGAAUAUACACAGUAUAGCCCAUGAUGGUGGUCAUAGCUUGGUAAGACACAGUACUUCAAGCUUAAGAAUGAAUGGACUAGAGGAAGGAAUCAUAAGUGGCCAAAAGAAAGCCGAUAGCAAUGGGAUUAUUGAACCUAAAUCGAAAAACUCUAAAAAAUUAACGAUUAGAACAGAUAAUACUAUUAAUCACAAUAAUUUAAUAGCUACCACUCAAAGCAAUGGAAACACGAUUAUCUCAAACUAUAAUAAUAGUACUAAUAAUGAUGGCUAUAAUAUCCAAGGCCCCCCUAGUAGCAAUGAUGAAAAAUAUAUUCCAAGCAUGAUUUUAUCUCAAUCAACGGGUGUUGAGAGACGCUUUGAGAAUCCCCCAUCUAUUACAAAUUCACUAAAUAAAAAUUUCAAUAAUCUGGAUGAUACAAGAUCAAUUGUGAAAGAAAUAUCCAAUAAAGAUAACAAUAAGUUAGACACUGACUCCAAUACGAAUCGGAAUAUGCAAAACCAAAAUAUUACCAUAUCUGAAAAUAAUAAAUUUAAAACUAUAUCUAAACAGGAUAACUUUAAAACUCAACAGCGAGGCCAGGUAAAUCAAAAUAGCUCUAAUUAUAUUUCAAAAAAUGACUUAAAUAAAACAACAUUAAGUGAGAAAGCAGGUAAUGUAGAUUUAUCUAGGCAAACAAACAAUAUUUCAACAAGGGAAAGUUUAUUUGCUGGACCUAACAAACUUGAUAAAGCAGCUGAUCAAUCAAUAAAAAAAAAAGAAGAUUCUAUUCUUCAAAAGGAACAUAAUCGCUCUUCUUUGAUUAGUACUGGAAAUUCUGCACAAAAAUCGACAUCAUUUAACAAUUUCACACAAUUUUUAAAGGAGGAUUUAGAAAACGAUGGUGAUUCUAGAACACAGAAGAAACUAUGGCUUCAAAGAGAAAGUUCUAUUCUAGAUUUAACUGCACAAAACAACGAUAGCACAUCAUUAUUUACUGCUACAAAUAUUGAGGUAAAACGUGAAUUUGAAAGAAUUUCCCAUGAGUAUACGAAUAUACGUAGAUUUGAUAAUCCAUUAAAGGAAGGUAUCUCGAGAUUAACUGCUAACGAGAAAAUCUAUUUAGGCAAGAGUAAUACCGAUGUAAAAAGUCAAGGCUUUCGAAGUAACUUAUUUUCAGGGUUUAACAAUCAAACGAAGAGGACUGAUGAUUUUUUCAAUAAUUCAGAGCUUGCUCAGCUAAAUAGAAUACUAUCAUCUAUUUGGAAAGAGGAAACUAUAAAUUUUCAGUCGCAAAGUAACCCUUUAGAAAAAGGAUCAAUUCCUAAUCAAGGCCAGCAUAUGGCACAACACAAUAGGACUUCAAUGCGAGGUAUUUUAGGCCAAAAUAGCGGUAUGCAUAAUCAAAGAUCUAUUAACUCAAUUCAACCAACUACUAGAGCAGUUAACCGUAGAAUAGAAAAUCAGUUUUCAAGUAAACAUACUACUAACUUAUAG